AUGAUUCAAUUGGAGGAAAGAGAUAUGCCUCAGAUCCCAGGCACCUUGCUUGGACGUGAAGAAACGCAAGAACUAAGGUACAUGGUUGCCGAGUUACUCGGUAGGAAAAACCCAGGUUUCCCCGGGUCACAGCCUGUUUCAUUCGAAAGGUACCACUUGACUACUUUGAAGUCUAAGGAUUAUUUUGUAUGUGAAAAGACUGACGGAUUAAGAUGCUUAUUGUUUAUAAUACAUCACCCUGAGAAAGGGGAAGGUGUUUUUUUGAUAACGAGAGAAAAUGACUAUCACUAUAUUCCAAACAUACAUUUCCCGUUGAAUAAGGAAGAAGAAGGGUCAUCGUAUCACCAUGGAACUUUAUUGGACGGCGAGUUAGUGUUGGAAACCAAGAACUUGGCUGAACCCGUGUUGAGAUACUGUAUAUUCGAUGCUUUAUCGGUCAAUGGUAAGGACAUCACUAAUAGAACGUUAUCCACGAGAUUGGGAUACAUAACUGAACACAUUAUGAAACCUUUCGACAACUUCAAACGCAAAAAUCCCGAGAUAGUGAAUGCGCUGGACUUUCCUUUCAAAGUGAGUUUUAAGAUCAUGACGUCUAGUUAUCACGCGGACGAUGUCUUGGCUAAGAAAGACCAAUUAUUUCACGAGUCUGAUGGAUUGAUCUUCACAUGUGCCGAGACGCCGUACUGCUUCGGGACUGACCAGUCAUUAUUAAAAUGGAAACCAGCUGAAGAAAACACAAUUGACUUCAAGAUGUGGAUAAACUUCAACACAUUCCAAGACCCAGAUAUGGAUGAGAAGGAUCCAGAUUCCACCUACAUAGACUACGAUUCCAAGCCUGGUUUAAUCAAGUUAAGAGCAUGGAAAGGUGGCCAAGACUACGAAGAUUUCUCGAAGUUGUUCAUAACAGAGGAAGACUGGGAAAGAUUGAAGAAUUUGAGAGAACCAUUACAGGGACGAAUAGUGGAGUGUAGAAGGAAACCCAAAGAUCCACAAUAUUGGGAGAUGCUUAGAUUCAGAAACGAUAAGAGUAAUGGGAACCACAUAUCAGUAGUGGAUAAGGUAUUGAGAAGUAUUGAAGACGGUGUAGGCGAAGCAGAAUUGAUAAAGGAAUGCCCAUUGAUACAGAAGAGCUGGAAACAGAGACAAAUGGACAGAGAAAUGAGGAGAAAGUCCCACUCACAGCCUGCACCACCCCAACACGCACCACCCCAGCAACAAAAGUCACACUCACACUUCUCUGGUGAAUCGGAACGGAAAAGAAUCAAGACUGAAGACGGUACAGUAAAAGAAAGCAUGGUAGAAGAUAUUCCAGUGUAUGAAGAUAGUGAUGAUGAAUAG